GCUCCGCCCGUCACAGUCCGCGUGCUGCCGACAGUGAGUUCAGUCUGAGGAGAGGGACCAGCUCGCGACCAGCUCAGCGCGUGCUCCUUACGGUUUCCACCAGUUAACUAACCAGCUAACUAGUCGCUGGUUUUAAACGGAUAACUCGGGUAGCUUGUGGAGCUAACGGCUGCACACGGUGUUUGUUACAAAGCUGACUGGCAGUAAAGCAGCCGUAUGAUGGAGGAGCUUCACGACGUCCAGCUGACUGAGAUCAAACCACUCCUGACAGGACAGAAUGGGAGAAAUCUCCAGGACUUUGACUGUCAGGAGCACGAUGUGGAGACAGCCCAUGGUGUGCUGCACGUUACCAUGAGGGGAGUUGCUAAGGGAAACCGACCCACAAUCCUCACCUACCAUGACAUCGGACUUAACCAUAAGUCUUGCUUCAACAGCCUGUUUAACUAUGAGGACAUGCAGGAAGUGACACAGCAUUUUUCAGUUCUGCAUGUUGAUGCUCCGGGACAGCAGGAGAAUGCUCCCAUAUUCCCCACCGGGUACCAGUACCCCACCAUGGAUGAGCUGGCUGAGAUGCUGCCGUCUGUCCUGACACAGCUACAGGUGAAGAGUGUGAUUGGUAUUGGAGUUGGAGCUGGAGCCUACAUCCUCACCAAACUGGCUCUGAAUGAGCCCAGUCUGGUGGAGGGUUUAGUCCUGAUCAACAUUGACCCCUGUGCCAAAGGCUGGAUGGACUGGGCUGCCUCUAAGCUGAGCGGCUGGACGAGCAACCUGGUCGACAUCAUCAUGGGACACCACUUCAGCACUGACGAGUUAACGGAGAAUAAGGAGAUCAUCCAGACGUACAGACUCCACAUCUCUCAGGAUAUACCACAGGAUAACCUGGCCAUGUUCUACAACAGCUAUGACGGUCGUAUUGAGUUGCAGAUGGAGCGGCCGGUUCCUGGUCUGAAUGAAAACACAGUCACCACCCUCAGGUGUCCUGCUCUCCUGGUGGUUGGAGACACGUCGCCUGCUGUUGAUGCUGUGGUGGAGUGUAACUCCAGACUGAAUCCAACCAAAACCACCCUGCUGAAGAUGGCGGACUGUGGAGGACUUCCUCAGGUGGUGCAGCCUGGAAAACUAGCAGAGGCCUUCAAGUACUUUGUCCAGGGGAUGGGCUACAUGCCCACAGCUGGUAUGACCCGGCUGGUUCGCUCCAGGACUCACUCGGCCUCUAGCGUUGGCUCCACCGACGGCGUCCGGAGCCGCAGUGCGACUAACGCGCUGCCAGAGGGCGCCAACUCCACCAGCCCCGAACACACGGCACCACACACCAUUGAAAUGACCGCGUAGGACCUCUCCUGCUCUGUCGUUUCUCCAUCUUUACUCCUUCGUCCUCCUCAGACGCUGUGUUCCCCUGAACUUUACUCCCUCCAGGACGCAGCACCAACCGUCCUGCGGUUUUAGUUGUAAACGUUGGUCUCAGAAAGGCUGAAAAAGGUCACGUCUAACAUCAUUAGUAGAGAAGUAGAGAUGACCGUUUCUUCCCAGUUUAGAGUUUAGAGAGUUUAGAUUUGACCAGAGUCGUAAACAUUUUGGUGCCAGCAGCAGCAGCUGCCAUGUUGGCUCUGUUUCCUGUGCUCUGUAGGUUCAUAUAUUCUAAGUCCCUUCCUCUCUGGAGCCGUACGGUUGCUGUGGUGACGCUGUAGAUGUAACUUCAUGGAGUUCAGCCGGUUCAUAUUUAUCUUCAGUUGUGUUGUGUUUCUGCAGUAGACUGUUCUAAGGUGGUUUUCUCAGGUCAGACCAGAUUUUCUCAUUAUUCUUCAUUUACUUUGGUCCUGAUUCCUCCUUCGUCUUUUUAGUAUUAUUAUUAUUACUACAAUUAUAAUCAUCAUUAUUUUGCUCUGAUUGUUGUUCAUGGUGGUGCUGUUGGUUGAUAUGGAGUGAUGAACCUUUGUCCUGCCUGUAAAAUUACAGUGACCUUAAAGGAAUAUUUCACCCUCCUACCCUCGAGUCCCUGACAGAAGAUCUGUUAUUUUAGUUUUAACAUCAACAAAACAAUAUUAAAAUGUUUAAAAACUCAAAUAUUAAACUACACAUUCAUACUUCUAUCCACUGUCCAUCCCAUCCACUGUUAUUUUAACUAAAUAUCAGACAAUAUUAUGAAACGUUUAUUCCUCUCAUGCAUCACCACUGACAAUCUUUAAAACACUAACAACAUUAACUGCUGUUCUUAGGAUGUCUCCACAAACCUCAAAGACACCUUUGAGCAUUGAUCUGGUGAAAAUUUUCUUUUUUCUUAUUGUUUUGAUUUUCAGUGUUUUUAAGUGUAAUACUCAUUUUGAAUUGCACCACCAGUAGCCCAGCCCAGAUCAGACCAAAAACAUUUACGUUUUCCUCCAAGUGACUUUUAAUUUCUCUAAACACAAAAUACAUACAUCGUGUGUUAGUGAGUUAUGUAUGUUAAUUGGGAUUAGGAAGAAAUUUCAGUUGCUUCUCACACCUGGGAAAAAAUUCUCACUUGCCUCUCAGGGCUUCCGUAGUUUUCCUUUUUGUUGGCCACAAUUUUGAUGAUUAGUCACACUGAAUGCUAAGACAAACACUAUUGUGGAUACAGUGGGUUUAUUUACUUUAUCAGUAUCAGUACACUCAUUUAAAACAAUGAAAGAAGACAAUUAAAACACCUUCGAUAGGACUCAUACCUCAGGAUAUUUUUUGUCAGGGAUUCCAGGCUGUGAGGGCAAUUGAUUGAUUUUUAGGUGACUUAUUGCUUUAUCCUCUAUGGAGAUCUUGAAACCAGCCCUGACCUCCUAUUACCUCGUCUGUUCCUUUUCUACUUUGACUGUACAUCAUUUAAUUUCCUCUGCAGUGGAGCUGUAACUGAAGCUCGCUGCUCUGUUCAUUGGGCCCAUUGACAGCAUGCUCAGUGUGGAGUUGUGGCAUGCAAACUGUACAGUGGUCUAGUGAGUAACUGACUUGUCUUUCAGCCGUGAAUCCGCCUCUCUCAGCUCAUCUCAGAGACAAAGGGGAGAAAAUAAUACAGUUCCAGUUUUUGGUUCUCUGGACUGAAAGCUGCCGGCAGGGUUUGUCAGCCAAGGUCCACUGAGCAAGGCACUCGAACAUCUCAUAUUGUCACCAUUGUUCAGACCAAUAAUUUAUCGAAAAAUUCAAAAUUGGUAAAUUUGGAGCCACAUUGUUGGACAGUGAUAAUGUGUUGAUUAUUGAUUAUCAACAGAUGCUACGACUGGACAGCUUAUCUUUGACGUCGGUGAUUUUUAGACGCCGUUUACACCUGGUGUUAAAUCCAAUCUGUAUCCGGAUAAGGAAGGAAGGAGUUGCACUUUAAACGUUGUUGUGUUGCGAAAUAUGCCGAUGAUUUCUGCCCUGAUCGUCGUCGAAGCUUUCCGUUGCAUUUCCAAAUUUUUUCUGUCAUAACAGUUUAAAAGCUUUGCUCCCUGUCGUCUUGCUGCAUGGUUGGGGUGAUGCCGCCCCCUGCUGGAGGACUGGAGAACAGCUUCCAGUUUGCAGCCUUCAUGUCGGCUCUUAUUAGAUGUUCAGAGGAGAAAAUGACCAGUCUGUAUUUAAAACACACUCAACAGGGUCAAACCACAAACUGUCAGUCCAGUUCAAACAAAGUCACCUGUAGACAAGAGGCAAAUGUUAAGUUCUUUUAUUCUAUAUAUACUCACUGUAAUUCAGCUGUCUGUUAUUGUUCUUAAUAUUUAUUACAACUAUUACUUUGGAGAUUUGUACUGAAGCAUCAGUAGCUGUUCUGUUACACUGAGGUUUGUACUUAACUAGGUGUUGUUCCAUGACUUUUAAUGUAAACAAGGUUUGUAAUUAAAUAAAGUUCGUUAUCCAAAAAAGA